AUGGAAACGAAACAGAUCAAAGUGAUGUUCUUGUUUUUAUAUGUGAUCAUGGCUUUGGUUUGUCUUCAUCAAUCCGAAGCUCAGGCUCCAAUACCAAGUUCCAAAGAUUGCUUAUCGUCGAUAACGAACGUUAAAGGUUGUCUCGAUGCCGUGAAAGAUGCCUUAAAAGGACACUUUAAAGGUUUGGGUAAGGAAUGUUGUCACGCAGUCAAUGGCCUCGCCGACGAUUGUUUUCCGAUUGUUUUCCCCGAUAACCCGUACAUUGCGUUUCUCGUUAAAGCUGCGUGCAAAGGCAAAUUUGGUGAUGUUAAUUAUUAG